CAUUUUGGCUCUCAAGAUCUCCGAAUCAGAAUGAGAUUUUGACACACAAUGGCGACGCACGGGGUGUAGUUUUACUGCACGAAGCUGAAUACGGCAUUUUUCUCGCAGUUGUUUACAUUCACAGCUAGUAAUGCAGCUACUUUUCGAUCCCGUUACUGCUUGUUUUAGAAUAAGAUUUUAUGCAUGUAACAGAAGUAAUAUUGUGUUUUAACUAACUGGCCUGCGUUGACAUAAUUGGGUGACAUGGUGUUGUGAAAGCUCCGGCUUUUGAAUGAAUUGACAUCUCAUUGUGAAUGUCUGACAGGGCAGACUGCUGAACGAAUACACUGGGAUGGCCAGCACACUUUCAGAUCAGCUAGAAGAGAUACGAUGCCAUGUAGAAGCCUGUCUGUAUUCCACUGGCUCAGUGCUGGAGGUCCGGGCAGGAAUAUCAGCCAUGGCCAACAUACCCCUACCACCAUCUGCUAAAUACCGCUACAUUGCAGCUGAGACGAUGAUCACUGAAAACAGCGUUGGUAACAACAGAAAAGAAACCAUAGGUUCCCUGCAGAGACUGUCCACAGCACUGAACAUCCUGGAAAAGUAUGGCUGUAACCUGACCAGUCCUAGUAGGCCUAAGUACUGGCGCACUGUCAAACACAACAACCCUGUCUUCAGAGCAACGGUAGACGCCAUCCAGGGAGGAAGGGCGGUGCUCUGUCUCUAUGGUUACUCCAAUCAGCAGCCGGACGGCCUGAGUUUCCCCGAUGAGGUUGUGGAGCCUGACGCCGAGAAGGUUGCGGCGGUCACGUUGGAGAUCAUGAGCCUGCGCGUGGAACUGGACAUGCUCGUCAAGGAGGCUCAUCCACACCCAGAGUUCUUUGAAGCAAUCGUCCCCUCGCUGAAGGAUAAGGAUGAUCUGGGACCCAUGUCUGACGCGCAAGCUUUCCCCUCCAGCCUGAGAGAGAGCCAACCCUUGUACAUGUCUCUGGCCUCCUUGUCUCAGUCUCCUAAAGCUGCCAGUGCCUUUAUUCCAGUACGGACCACCAACGCCUCCACCUCCACCUCCAUCUCCACCAGGCACACAGACAACUGCACUAUCUGUGGUAUUUUCCCUGUGGCUGCCCACUGCAACUCUUGUGUCCAGUGGCUGUGCACGGAAUGUGACAGACUGUACCACUCCUACCCAGAACGGGCUAAUCACCACAGGACUGUCAUCACGUCCUCUAGAAUACGAAAGAAGCACAGCAACGUCUCAUCAUGGCAUUGUACCCACUGCACACGGGUCAACUCCCUCCAGGAUGUUCUGUGUGAGACGUGUGAGAGGCCGCGCCUGGCCUCCUCUGGCUCUGCUAAGGACGAGUCCCCACAGCCGUUCGCCGUCACUGAGUGGCGGUGUAAAAGCUGCACGGUGGUAAAUGCCGGCAACAGUGUCCUGUGCCAGGUGUGUGAGCGGCCCCGCCUGGCCACCAAGCCUCCCGCAACCCCCACUCGCCCCCCCCCAGCCCCCAAGAGGCCGGCUGCUCCGGUGCUGGGUAUGCCAGGAGACCCAGACAGCCAGUGGGUGUGUCAGUUCUGCACCUACGUCAACUACACUCCAAUGUCGACGUGUGAGAUGUGCGACCUCCCACGCCCGGAGCCCGCCAAAAUGCCCCACAAACUCCACCCUCCGUCCCAGGUCAAAAGGGUCCCUGUGCUGUCCUUCAAACCCAAAGACCCGCCCACGGAGGACCCUGAUUUGAGAAGACAGAAGCUGAUGAGGGAGGAAGGGCUCAAGCUAAUCCAGCUUAUUAGGGAUGGGGAGAAGAAAGGAGUAAGUCCAGAAGAGGUGUACACAGGCAUGCGUGUCUCCGGGGACAACAACAUCCUCCCCUGUGAUUGGCUGAAAUCUGAGCUACCUCACCUGCUGGACCAGAUCUGUGCCAUGGCUGCGUCGUUCAGAGCAACAGACCUGAAGACCGGACAGAACCAGAACGGACUUACCAACGGCGCCGGCUCCGCAGAGGACCCAGGUGCAGGGGACGAGCGGGCCGCGGGGGGAGUGACCCUGUCCAGGGCAGAGGCCAAGAUGGCCUGGCUGUCAGCAGGGGGAGACACUGAGCGAGCUGCUAGGCAGGCUGUCAGAGACAGACACGCCAAGGUGAAGGAGCUGUGCUCCCUUGGCUUUGCCGACGAGGCGCGGUGUCAGGACGUCCUGAGGCAGAGUGGCGGAGAGCUGCGAGGGGCUCUGUCUCUGCUACAACGCCCCCUGCUGGAGCCCUUCCACCAGCGCAUGUGGAGCGACGAGCCGGAGCCGCCCAUCGACGUCAACCACCCCGACAAACAGCGUGUGUGCCGCAGGCUGCUGGCAGUGUAUGACCUGCCCAGCUGGGGCCGCUGUGAGCUGGCCCUGUCCCUGCUGCAGGAGCGCAGCGCCCCCUACUCCCUGGAGGACGUGGUGCAGGCCGUGCGCGAGUCACAUGACCGGGACUUCAUCCGCCGGGUGCUGGCCAAAGAGUGUCCCAUCUGCCUGUCUGAGUUCCCCCACAGCAAGAUGCAGUCUCUGACCUCCUGUCAGUGCUCGGUGUGCUGUGGUUGUUUCCAGCAGCACUUCACCAUCGCCGUGAGGGACAAGCACAUCAGGGACAUGGUGUGUCCCGUCUGCUGGGAGCCAGACAUCAAUGACCCCGAACACCUGAACAGCUAUUUCUCCACCCUGGACAUCCAGCUGCGGGAGUGUCUGGAGCCAGAGGUGUAUGAUCUGUUUCAUAAGAAACUAACUGAACAAGCCCUUAUCAAGGACCCCAAGUUUCUCUGGUGCAGUCAUUGCUCCUAUGGUUUCAUCUAUGACGGGGACCAGCUGAAGGUGACCUGUUUCCAGUGCCGGAACAGCUUCUGCGCACAAUGCAAGAAGCCGUGGGAGUCUCAGCACACCGGCCUCUCCUGUGAACAGUACCAGUCCUGGAAGAGGGAGAAUGACCCCGAGUACCAGAGGCAAGGCCUGGCCGGAUACCUCCGAGACAACGGCAUCACCUGUCCAAACUGCAGGUUCCAGUAUGCCCUGUCUAAAGGAGGCUGCAUGCACUUCUGCUGUUCCCAGUGCCGUUAUCAGUUCUGCAGCGGAUGCAACAACCCUUUCCACACCACAUGUGCAGUGAUCCAGUGCAGUGUGACAGGCUUGCAUGCCCAUCACCCACGAGACUGUCUCUUCUACCUGAGGGACUGGGAGCCUGGCAGGCUGCAAGCCCUGCUGCAGAACAAAGGCGUCGCGUUCAACACCGACACCCCUCCGGGGAUUCAAGCAGGGCUGUGCGGAGUGAUCGAGCAGAAGGAUGAGGGAGGGCUGCAGACCGAUUCGGCCUGCGGGGCUCAAACCCAACCCGGCCACGCCGGACUCUGCGAAAAGCACUACAAAGAGUACUUGGUGAGCCUCAUCAAUGGCCAUUCCAUCGAUCCGGCACCUCUCUUCAAUGCCAACGAGCUGGUUCUGGCCUGUCGGAGGUAUCAAGUGGAUGACUCCAGGAGGGAGAUGGAGGAGGACGUGACCUACUAUUCUCGGCUACUGGAGAAAAUGAUUGAUGAAGUACCACUCGGAGACAAGGUUCCUCGGAAGAAAUGAAAAUCUACUGAUCUGCUUGUUUGCUUUCCACAAUCAAGUGGUAUUACUCAUAUUGAAUGUUGGGAUUUUGACUCAAUCAAGUGGUAUUGCUAUGUUGGGAUUUUGACUCAAUAGGCCAUUAAAUGUGAUUGCAUCAUCGUUACUGCACACCACUCUACUGAACCCAACGUUAUGUCCUGAUGAUUGUGUUACAGUUGCUUAUGAAUCUAUUUUGGGUAAAACACCCAGCUGCACAUUAUUCAAAUAUGAUUUUAGUAUGAGCCUGUGUGUGUGUUUGUGUUUGCAUGCGUGCGUGUAACAUUUCAAGGCUCAUUGAUGUCAGGUUUACAGAUUAAAUAUCCAGUGAUAUUUAAAGGCAUCACUUUGUUGCAAGCAGUCUGUAGGGGCAUGCUCUUAACAGUGUCCUAUCAACUAUGAAGAAAAAUAAUCCAAUCAGUCAAUAAACAAAUGAAAGGUCAA